AGUUCAACUUUGGUGCCUGCGUAGAUGCUGUGAUAGUUGAGCAGGGCGUGGGCCGUUGCGGCCGCGCACCCACGCUGGGGAGGCGGGCGCCAUGACUGGAUUCGAGGAGGAUUUGAUGAUGGUCGCUCAGAGGGCGUGGCGUCGAGCUCAAGUCUGCCCCGGGGCGGCACCAAAGACCAGUUCGGGCGGAAGGUGCCGGCGAAGCAGAGCCACUACAUGCGCUCCGCCGCGCGCAACCCUGGUGCUUCGACGUCCUCGUUCUGGGACUGAGAACCCGAAGGCCGAAGCGCACUUCAAGUCCAUGGCGGCCUCCACCGACGCUCUGACGGACAAGGAGCGGCGCUUCCAGGAAGCCCAGUGCCGGCCUGUCAACAAGCGGAACUACUGGAUACGAUCCCCCCCCGCGCACUGGGUGCAGUCCGUGGAGGCUGGCGAGGCCACGCGGCUGACGAAGUACACCGACUGGCAGUUCACAGAGGAGUUCAACCGCAUCUGGAAGGACGACCACGUGGGCAAGGAGCAGCGGGCGAUGGAUCCGCCGCCCUCGCGCCGCGACCCCGGGACAAUGAAGAUGCAUCUCGCUCUCGCCUUCCUGGUCGCCGCGCGCGGACUUGCGGAGCAAGUGAACCCCAUCGAGCAGGUCCUGACCAUGAUCACCGACCUUCAGGCGAAGGUCAUUUCCGAGGGCGAGGAGUCGCACAAGGUCUUCGCGGAGUUCUCCGAGUGGUGCGAGGACGAGGCCCGCGAGCUGGGGUUCUCGAUCAAGACCGCGAAGGGUGAGGUCGAGGGCCUGGAGGCCACUAUCGCCAAGGAAUCCGCCAGCAUCGAUGAGCUCAACACCAAGAUUGAGGACAUCGCGGCGGAGCUCUCGUUGGACGAGGCGGACCUGAAGGCCGCCUCCGAGAUCCGCGUCCGGGAGCAGGCGGACUUCGAGGCCGAGGAGCGCGAGCUCACGGAGGUGAUUGACACCCUGAAGCGCGCCACUGCCAUCCUGGAGCGGGAGAUGGCGAAGAGCGCUGGUGCGUCAAUGCUGCAGCUGAAGAAUGCGGGUACCCUGACCCAGGCCCUCGCUGCGAUGGUGCAGGCCUCCCUGCUCAGCUCCUCCGACGCAGGCAGGCUCACCGGCCUGCUGCAGCAGAUGCAGCAGUCCGGCGAGGACGGCGCAGACCCGGGCGCCCCCGCGGCGGCCGUGUACCAGGUGUGUUUGCCCGCUGCCAUUAUGUGGCCACUGGUGUGCCUGGCUUCUGUGCCAGUGCCAGAUGGCGUCCCGUGGCCUGACCUGCUUCUGGUCGACCACCCGCCCUUCGGAGACUCGUGCGGCCCGCCUGCGUGUGAUACGCUUCGGCAGCGUGCGUCCCCUGGCGCGGCUCUCCCGGCGCCCGCAGCGGGCGUUGUGCCACUGCACUCUGCCUUCGGUGACGUGGGAAGUGAGGCCGCCGCUCCGGGCGCUUUCGCUCUGGCGCCCGUGCCCUCCGCCGCCCCAUGCGUUGCAGACGCGGCUGCCGCCGCCUCCGCGGGUGACCGCCAGAGCUUCCUCGCGGAGUGCCCUCAUCAGGAGCAUCCCGCUGGAAUAGGCGCCCCGCCGCCUCUGUCUGAAGUUACCAGCCUCGGGGGCGGCGUCGGCGCGCCAGCUGUUGAAGAUCCUAUCUCCGGUUUCGGGGACUGUCAGGUGCCAUCCGAGCCCGGGGCUGACCCAAUGCCAUCAGCAGCGGCCGCCGCAGCUGGCCCGCCUAUCGUCUCGCCUCCCCUGACUCGCACCAACUGCGAGGCGCGCGUGAAGGACGAGCAAGUUCAAUCUGCGUCUGUCCCAGCGAGGCGCCGCGAGCCGUGCGGCGUGGCCGCCGCGGGACGCGGCUCAGGCAAGAAGAGGGCCUGGUGGCCCCUCUUCCCGUCCUGCCUCCGGCACGAGCCGCCCGUCGCGACCUCGCAGCUGGGCGCCCGCUUCGGGCGCCGCUGCGCCCGCAGGCUUGCUUCGGGGGCCGCCGCCGAUGCCGCCCCCGAGGCGGCCUCGGACCCGCAUUCGCGUGCGCGGGCUGACCUCGAGGCCCCGUCCUCGUUUACGCGGCGCGACGCGCGUGCAGUGCGCGAGAGGCUCGGGCCCCGCCCUGAGGCGCUCGAGGUUCACCCCUCACGGUCCAGCCACCGCGGGGGCGACCCGGCUCGCCUGAACGGGAACCGCGAUGAGCGGCGCCGUACGGCGAGGGACGCCUCGCUGGGCCCUGCGCUCACCCUGGAGGGGCCGCCUGGCCCCCCGACGCGGCCUGGCCGAACGGCUCGUCGGACAGCCAAUCGAAGACUCUACGAGGGCCUCGGCGCACCCGCGCCGCGGCGUUCCCACAACCGCCUUAGUGCGGCCAGCUUCGGCCCCGGGGGCCCGUCGGACGACCCCGCUGACCGCCGCGAGGGCGGGCAAGCGUGGGAGGUCCACCACGCGGAGCUCCGCGCGGGGAGGGCUGCCGCGGCCCCGCGGGCCGCUGCCGCCGACGAGGACUCCUGGUUCCCCGGCGUGGAGGACGCUCCGCGGUCGCCAGUCGAGCCGCCUCCCGGCUGGGCCGAGCCGCCUGACAACGUCAUCGGUGACCCCGAGCGCUGUGGGGCGAACGCUAGAGCCGCAAGCACGCCCCAGGCGCCGUCUUUCGCGGUGGCGCGCCUGCGCCCGGCGUGCAAUCCCAAGCCGGAAGGGGUGCGAGGUCCCGUGACGGGGACGGCCGAGGGCCGCUUGCCCCGCCGUCGCCUGCCGACGCCGUCGCACGGCGUGCGGGGCCUCCCAGGCACUACGUCGUCGCCCGCAGGGUGCCUCGGGCAGCGGCGGCGCCGCGUGCAGCAUCCACACCACCUGCGGGGUAUGAAGGCUCGGGGGCGCGUCCUCCGGCAGGCCUCCCCCGCUCGGCGAGCGCCACGGCCGCCGCCGUGCAACGUGUUUCGCGUGCGCCCCUUCCCGCGCGCGCCGCCCGUGCUCCUUUCGCCUCGAUGGCGCAGCUGGUUCGAGCAGACGCUCGAUCGGACUUUGUCGCCGCCGACCGCCGCCGACCGCUCAGCGCCCUGGCCGCCGCCGCCCCCGCCGCCGCUGCUGGCGUGGAGGUUGCUAGGGCUCGGCCUGCUGCUCGCAGACGGCGCCGCGCGGAGCGGACCGCCAGCGCCGCCCCGCGAGAUGACCUCGCCGCUGCUGCCGGAGGCUCCGCUGGGGACGUUGGCCCUGGCACGGUCAGUCGCGUCGCGCGAUUGCCGGUCGAUCGGGGUCCUCGAGGACAAGAUCAAGGUGUUCGGGGGCGGAUGCCUCACCAAUGGCCACGAGGCGAGUUUCGUGAAACCGUGCAACGUACCAGCCUAUGGCCCGAACAUCUCCAGCGCGGUGAUGGACAUCUUCACGCUGGAAGAGAUCAAGAAAGCACCCGAGAGCCUGAAGGUCCCAAUCCCUCCCUGCAAUCUCAGCAAGUUCAUUCAGGACAAGGCUGUAAAGGUCCUGAGCAUGGUUGAGUACUGCGAGAAAAUGCCAGCGAGUGCCCAUAAUAAUGCUGGUGCCACGCAGAAGCUGAAAGCCUUCAUCGACCACCACCGUGGCCGACUGGGAGGCGUUUGUGAAUCGGCAUGCGAAGCCGGGCGGGCAGGCCAAAUGACAUUUCGACCACUUGCUUGA